GCCUCUGCUCGCCCUACAUGGCGAAAGCGCACACGCCGCUGCAUCAACUGAGUUACUAACCAUUCCGUCAAAUGAGGGCCGAGCUACCUCUGCGUACAUCGCCCCAUCACACCAAGGGAGACCCCCCGAGAGGGUGUUCUACCCCGCGUUCCCUUUUGCAUAUGUGCCUUCCGAUUGAGUGCUUCCCCGUUUGGCCUCCCUCUCGGUUAACGUGGAGAGGGGAUGCCUAACAAAGCGGCACGGUGGAGCUCCCCCUCUGUGUAGCGGCACAGUGGAAGGAAGUCACUCCUCCCCUUGGAGAGUCAGCCCGGAAAGUGGCUCAUCGAGCUGACCACAUCCCGCAGCUCCACCCCGCAGCUCCUCCCCCCACAGCCGCUCCCCCCUCACAAUGAGCGCAACACACCAUGACAGCAACCUCUACGAGCAGUCACUUAAAAUCACGAAGAAGAUAAAGGAGAAAAUUUCGAACCGGAAGGGAUCCAAGGAGGAGCUCAAGGAGGUGAAGGUGAAAUCGAAAGCGAAGGAUCUACCGCUCAAGUACCUGGAGCGUAACUACAAGACGAUUUGUUUGUCCUUGGGGUUCUGCCUGAACACGCUGCUCUACUUUAGCUUUUGCUUCCUCCUGAAUCAGCUGAUCGAGAGGGUGGUGUUCGCCGGCCUGUCUAGGGUUACCCAGUAUGACUACGCCAACAGCUUGGUGGCGGGGUCCGUCAAGGCGACGGCUGUCCUCUUCCUGUGGUUCCGCCACUGCUCGGGCGGCUACGACGGCGACCCCUUUUUCCACUUCUUCAAGAGCAGGCUCAACCUGAUCGGCCGGGGCGAAGCGAAGGUGAUUUUCCUGUCGAACGUCGCUGGGACGCUGCUCUACCUCGGCGCCGUGAAGCUGCUGGUGGGGGCGGAGCCCCCCUCGCCCAUCAGCGCCUCCAUCCUGGAGAGAAUUCAAAAUGGAAAGGUCACCAGAAGCAGAUCAAUCCUCACCUCCUUUGUAUUUCCCCAAGUACCACCCGUCGUUAAGAACGCCCUCGUGCAGAUUCUCAUUUUGACAUGUCCCCAUAUGAGCAGCGCCAACAAGUAUUAUAAUAAAACAUUUUGGAGCAACACAGAUCUGUAUGCCUCCAUCGUCUUGGACACGUACUUAAAUGAAAUGGUUUGCUCCUUCCUCAGUUACGUUUUGCUUUACAUUUAUCUGUUCACCAAGGAUAGCCUACCUCACCAGUUGGAGGUGAAUCUGCUUCUAACCCAAAUCGUUUUGCUCUUUUCCAACAGAUGCGCAAACGUUGUGAGUGGUCCUUUUAUGAGUCUCAGUUGGAUUCUAAAUGAAUCCGUUUCUAGGGGAUAUCAUUUUUUUUUUUUUCUGUUUUUAAUAAUUUUUCACUACUUUGGCUAUAAGCUAGCUAGCCAUUUUUUUGGGCCACCGAAUCUGUCCCUAGUAGAUGCAACCAGUUGCUACAAGAACGUCAAACAGGAGAUGCUUCAGAAAAAUGUUAACAGUGCAACGGGGCGGGUGGACCUCUCCCUCCUUUCGAAUGACAGCGUGGCGCUAAGUGAAGUAGUCGACAGCUACAUGGGCCGCUUCUUCCAGAGGUGCUUCCAGUCCUACGGGGUCGCCGCCGCUGGGAAGAAGACGGCUUAGAAAAGGGAGGGGGCUCCCUCCGCCCUCCAUCGGGUUGCGCAUGCCACAUGUGCGUUUUUCCGUUUUCCUUUUUCCCGCUUUCCAUUUUCCUGUUUUCCCGUUUGCCCCUUUGUUUGUGUUCCCCCCCCUUUUUCUUUUUUUUGCCUGACUGUUCAGGCGGUUUUGACGCCCCGUUUUGACGCCCCCACCAAACCGCCAAACUGCUAAACUACCAAACUGCUAAACUACCAAACCGCUGAAAGGGGGCUGCUUCGAUUCAGCGCCACGGUGGAGCACCACCCCAUGCAGGGGCCACCCGAAGGGGAAAAGGUAAAAUGAUAACCCAAGAGGGGAGACGAACCGUAAAAAACAACAUCGCAAAGGAAUCAGCGGGGAAGACGCACGUGGGGGUAGAGGGAGGGGGUCUACUCAAGUGGACCUCCCCCCCUCCGCAAUAGGAAGCAGGAACGUAAGGGGAAGACACUGCCGUGCGGAUGAAACUACUCCCUGCAGGGAUGGAAGCUUCGCCGCGAACAAUCCUUUGGCAGUUAUAGAAGCUGCUUAGAGGUAUAUGAGCGGACCGCACGAUUGCACAUCAUGUUAUUAGAGGGGAGGGGGUUCCGUCUCCCA